UAUAAUGGACACCAACACCAUUACUGAGCCUCCAGAAUUUAUUGAAAUUGAUAACGAAAAAAUAGCUACUCGACAUCGGGAUGGGAAUAAUCCAGAUGUAUUUUGGUUAGGUGGUUAUCGUUCUAAUAUGUUAGGCACAAAAGCACAGGCUGUAGAUGGAUGGACUGAGAAAAAGAAUAUUUCUUAUACUCGACAUGAUUAUUCGGGUCACGGCGAGUCUACAGGAAAAUAUUUCGAAGGAACCAUCUCCAAAUGGCUGGCACAAAGUUUAACAGUUUUUCGACGUUAUGCUAAAAAUAAUCGUCAAAUAUUAAUUGGUUCUUCCUUAGGUGGAUGGAUUGCUCUUAGAAUGGUUAAAGAAUUAAAUAAGCAGCCUCCUUUUCCAAUUGCUGGUUUAUUGUUAAUCGCUCCAGCUCCAGAUUUCACUAAAGAAUUAAUUGAGCCUAGACUUACUGAAGCAGAUAAAGAACAGCUGAAGACUAAAGGUUAUUUUGAAGAGAAGUCUCCCUAUUUUGAAACAAAUAUUUGGCAACGAGAGACGCUUGAAGAUGGAGAGAAAAAUAAUUUGGUUUUAACACCUGAUUUCGAUCCAAAUUGUCCUGUUCACAUAAUUUAUGGCUUGAAAGAUGACGCCGUUCCAAUGAAAUUAAUUGAUAAAUUGGUUAGUGUAUUGCCGAAGGAACGUGUUGUUAAAACAAUUAUUAAUGACGGGGAUCAUCAGUUAUCUCGUCCAGAGGAUAUCGAAGUGAUUUUGCGUUCUUUAGACGAUUUGAUUAAUAUCAACGAGAAAGCGCUUUAA